CCGGCCAAUAGCUAGCCACUCUUGGAUCGUCAUUUGUCGGCUGGCGAUGGCGGAAGAAGCAGGAUGUUGGCCGACGCGCCUCUUCUCUAAUUUCCUGCUGCUGUCUUUCAUAGUAACAUUGGGCCUAACGGAGGCGAGCUCCUCCGGGGGGCCGGUGUUCGCGUGCGACACCGAAAAGAACCCGGGCUUGAAGGCGAUGCGGUUCUGCAACCCGGCGGCUGACGUUGGCGGAGAAGAUCACGCUGUUGGGGAACAGCGCGGGGAACGUGAGCAGGCUGGGGAUUCCGGGAUACGAGUGGUGGUCGGAGGCCUUGCACGGCCUUUCCUACACCGGGCCGGGAAUCAAUUUCAGCAACCCUGCGGUGCCGGGUGCCACCAGCUUCCCCCAGCCCCUCCUCACCGCUGCCUCUUUCAAUGUGACCUUGUUCCGGGCCAUCGGGCAGGUGAUUUCGACGGAGGCGAGGGCGAUGCACAACCUGGGGUUGGCGGGGUUGACUUAUUGGUCCCCCAACAUGAACAUCUUUCGGGACCCGAGGUGGGGCAGGGGGCAGGAAGUUCCCGGGGAAGACCCCACCCUCACCGGGAAGUAUGCUGCGGCCUUUGUGACAGGGCUGCAACAAAGUGAUGAGGCCGGGGGCGCAGAAAAGCUCAAGGUGGCUGCUUGCUGUAAACAUUACACUGCCUACGAUUUGGAUGACUGGAAGGGCUUCCAGAGAUACAAUUUCAACUCUGUGGUAACAAAACAAGAUAUGGCUGAUACAUAUCAGCCCCCGUUCGAGUAUUGUAUUCGUGAGGGAAAGGUGGCGAGCGUGAUGUGUUCGUACAACAAGGUGAACGGUAAGCCUGUCUGUGGUGACUAUGACCUUCUCGCAGGUGUUAUUAGAGGCCAGUGGAAAUUGAACGGAUACAUAGUAACAGAUUGUGACUCUUUUAACGCCAUGUACAAUUACCAACACCUCACCAAAACACCAGAGGAGGCUGCAGCUUUGGGUUUAAAUGCAGGUGUGGAUCUGAAUUGUGGACCAUUCCUGGCCAAGUACACGCAAGGGGCAGUAGAUCGAAAACUAGUGAAGGAAUCUGAGAUUGAUAGAGCAAUCUCCAACAAUUUGGCGACUCUAAUGAGAGUUGGGUUCUUUGAUGGUGAUCCAAGAAAGCAAUUCUAUGGAAAGCUUGGGCCGAAUGAUGUGUGCACUGAGGCCCACCAGGAGCUGGCCCGUGAAGCUGCAAGGCAAGGAAUGGUAUUGUUGAAAAAUAGUGCUGGUUCCCUUCCUCUAUCCCGCAAUGGCAUCAAGUCCUUGGCGCUUAUUGGGCCCAACGCUAUCAACCCCUACACGAUGCUUGGAAAUUAUGAAGGGAAGCCAUGCAAGUACACAAGUCCAUUACAAGGCUUAACAGCGAUGGUUAGUAAGACAGAAUAUGCAUCAGGAUGUGAUAACAUCAAGUGUGGGACGGCGGUGCUGGAUGACGCAAAGAAGAUAGCAUCAGCGGCCGAUGCAGUGGUCCUAGUUAUGGGUUCCGAUCAGUCUAUAGAAACAGAAGCCAGGGAUAGAGUUAAUCUAACACUUCCAGGACAACAGUCAUUUGUGGUGUCGGAGAUAGCCAAGGUUUCCAAAGGUCCUGUCAUCCUUGUUCUCAUGUGUGGAGCUGGCAUGGAUGUGUCAUUUGCCGUUAAGGACCCUAAAGUCACGAGCAUUCUUUGGGCCGGAUUCCCUGGUGAAGCUGGCGGGGCCGCCAUUGCAGAUGUUCUGUUUGGAUAUCAUAAUCCAAGUGGAAAGCUACCAAACACAUGGUACCCGCAAUCAUUUGCUGACAGUGUUUCAAUGGUUGAUAUGCGGAUGAGACCCGACCCGAAAACUGCCUAUCCCGGACGCACUUACCGCUUCUACACCGGUUCAGUCCUUUUCAAGUUUGGGUAUGGGUUAAGCUACACCAAGUUCAAACACACCUUGGUCCGUGCUCCGGAAUCGGUUUCCCUUUCCCUCAAACCAGGGCAUUUCUGUCAAUCCACAACCUGCGAGUCUAUCGAGACCACAGAUGAAAUCUGCACAGGUUCCGCGUUUGACUUUCAGCUGAGUGUCAAGAAUGUGGGGACUGUGAGCGGGGCCCACACGGUUCUCUUGUUCUCCUCACCCCCGGCUGUCCACAACGCGCCACACAAACAGCUGGUGGGGUUCGAGAAAGUGGGUUUGAUUCCAAGCCAAGAAGAGAUGGUGACGUUCAGCUUGGAUAUUUGCAAGCAUUUGAGUGUGGUGGAUGAGUUUGGGAAGAGGAGAGUGGCGUUAGGACCUCACGUUCUUCACGCUGGCAAUCUCAAACACUCCUUGAAUGUGAGAGUUUGAUCGGGUUGAAGGCAAAAUAAAAUAACUUUGCGAUAGAGUCCCACAAGUUAGAGAACGGGAUGAGUUUGAAGGCAAAUUAUAAAACUUUCUCCAUUCUCCAUUCUUUCGAAUUUGUGUCUCAUCAAGGAUUAUUUUUUUAGCUUACUUCCAUUAUUAUUCAUAACUUGCUUCUUAAAUUUGUUUAGUUCCAUUUCCAAAAAUAAUCGUUUACUAGCAGGUUGGGG